UUGAGAUCAAGAGAAAUGCUUAAUCAGCUGACCUGUCAGUGUUGCAAUCCUCCUGAGAUUAGUCAGUGAGAGCGAGAGUUGAGUAAAGUAGACGGAGGAAAAGAUGGGAGGAAAAUUCUUCUUCUUUCUGGUAGCUUCAGCUCUGCUAGCCUACUACAUCUAUAGGCCUGUACCAGAGAAUUUGGAGGAACCCUGGAAGCUGAUGCUUUUAGAUGCUAGCUUUAGAAGCCUAAUGCAUGUGGCCACAAUUGUGGAGAAGUUGGGUCUUGGACACUAUAUGGAUGUUAUGAAUUUAUACACAAUUAUGGAAUAUACAGCACCUACAUCUGAUGAAAAAGUUAUUGUAACAGACACAAAAUUUAGCCAUGUUCCAGUACGUCUUUACAUUCCUACAAAGCAGGAAGAUGUCUUGAAAAGAGCAAUGAUUUUCAUUCAUGGAGGUGGAUGGUGUAUUGGAUCAGCAAACAUGAAAUCCUAUGACCUCUUAUCAAGAUGGACGUCAGAAAGACUAACUGCUGUUGUGGUGUCAGUCGAUUAUAGACUAGCUCCAAAAUAUCGGUUCCCAGUUGCAUUCGAAGAUGUGUACUCAGUAGCAAAGUACUUUCUACAAAGCAGCAUUCUGAAGAAAUAUAAUGUAGAUCCAAGCCGAAUCGGCAUUGCAGGAGACAGUGCAGGAGGUAACUUAGCUGCAGCUGUAACCCAGCAGCUUCUAGAUGACCCUGAUGUCAAAGCUAAAUUCAAGAUUCAAGCUUUAAUAUACCCUGCUCUUCAGUCUAUUGAUAUGGAACUGCCAUCCUAUCAAGAUAAUAAAAACAUGCCAAUUCUGCCUAAAGGAAUAUUGUUCAGAUUCUUCAGUGAAUAUAUUACAUCAGAUAAGUCUUUUGCCAAAGCUUUAGAGACCAACCAACAUGUUCCUGCAGAGUUUAACCAUUUGUUUAAAUUUGUAAACUGGAGUAACUGGCUACCUGAAAGAUUUAAAAAAGGCCACAUUUAUACUGACCCAUCACAUAGAAUUUCCAAAAUUGGACACAAAUACCCUGGGUUAGUGGAUCCAAGACUAGCACCACUUUUAGUUGAUGAAAUCAAGCUUCGGGGCUUACCACUCACAUAUGUCAUCACUUGUCAAUACGAUAUCUUGAGGGAUGAUGGAAUCAUUUAUGUUUUCCGUCUUAGGGAAGCAGGAGUUCAGGUAAUACAUGAACAUGUUGACAAUACUAUUCAUGGUCCUCUAACAUUUAUUACAGGUCCUUUUGCACUAAAUAUAGGACACAGAAUCGCUAACAACUACAUUGAGUGGCUAAAUAAGAACUUAUGAAAACAAACAUAUGUCACCUGAAGAUGGUUGCUUUGGAUUCAUUUGGUUUCAUUCAAUUUAUAUUAUUUUUUUCAGGGACAUUAUCUUUUUGGUCAAUAAAUUUGACACUGUAAUUCUGCAGUUAUUAUACUUGAUAUAGAAUCUUUUGUUUCCUGCUAUUUGAAUAAGUAAGAAGCUUGGAAGAAUACGUGAGGGACUUGUACAACCAUUAAAUGAUUAAUAAUUUAAAAUGAAAAAUAAAGCUUUUGACCAUUUCAUGUGUGAAA